AUGGCGACCCAGCAGCAGGAGCCCAAGGGCUUCAAGUACGAUGACGAGGAGACUAAAGCCCUCCCCGAGUGGGUGCGUCUCGAGUACGCGCACAUGCUGUCCUCCGUCGGCCCCUCGUCCAAGGUGGCCUUCACCUCUCUGUCCACCACCUCCGUGCCCCCGCUGAAGGAGUAUCUUUCCGGCAAGCCCAACGGGGGUAAGGCCGAGCUCUUCACGCAGCCCGUGCUCGAGGUCGCUGCGCAGCAGGGCAUUGACAAGGCGCGCAUCUGUCUCCUCGACCCGCGGGCCGAGCAGGUCAUCCAGCCCGACGACGCGGACAAGUUUGACGUCUUCCUCUACGGCGGUAUCCUCGGCGACGACCCGCCCCGAGACCGUACAGGAGAGCUGAGGAAGCUUGGGUUCGAGGGCCGCCACCUCGGGCCCGUCCAGAUGACGACGGAUACGGCCGUGGGCGUCACGAAGCGCGUGGUUGAGGACCAGGUGCCGCUCGACCAGAUUCCCUUCGACGACCACCCCACGAUCACGUUCAACAAGCACGAGGCGAUCGAGAUGCCCUUCCGCUACGUCAAGGACGAGAACGGACAGCCGAUCCUGCCCCCCGGCAUGCGGGAGCACCUCCACGCCGACCUGAACCGGACGAUUGACGAGUUCUAA